AUGGAGACAAAUGGUCGGCAGGCCAGGCCCAAGGCGAGGCGAGGCAAAGAGUCAAGUCACUCCAGUCACCUGAGCAGAGCAAGCACCAGCACCCGACACCCGUGGACCAGCACCACCUGGGCACCUGCUACCUGCAACACUCCGGGAUGCAAGAAGCAGAAGCAGCCUGGGGAUCCCCAGGAGCCUUGGGCCCAGCUCCAACCAACCAACCAGCGCGGCCAGCUGUUGGGAUGGCAUGGUUUGGACGGUGGGAUGAGGUGGGUGGUUGACGGGGUUGAUUGGCCAGAGUCGUACGCGGAUGGUUGGCCGGAUCUCCAGAAGGUCGAAGCUUGCCCAAGUUGCCUCUUACAGCACGUCAAACAGGCACUGUGCCGCCGACAGUUGCCUCUGCUGGAAUGCACAUGGGCACAGUGCAUAUCUCGGCCCAGGCCGGGUAUCCAAUGCUGGAUAACUGAGACGGGCGAAACGGGGGUGGGCGAUGUCGGACUUGGGUUAACGACUCACUUGGUGACCGGCGCAUGUGAUGACAGGGAAGCACUUGGGGACGUUGGUAUAUCCUCCCGUAGCUCGGCGUCGCCCGUUGAUGAGGCAAGUCUCUGCAACGGGCGAUCACGACGCACCAACACAGCUCAGCUGCCAGUCACUCAGGCACAACGGGACAAGAUUGUGGAGUUGGGAUGGUCGUCGAGUCGCCAGAAGGUGGAAAGACAGCCUGGGCCUGGAGGUACAAGCAUUCCUCCGAUCCCAGCAGCCCUGGUUGUUCUGAUUGGAGGGUUUGGUCUGGGCCCACCCCCAGCGGGCUUCCAUGGAAGCUCAAGGCUGAAAGGCUGGCGUAACUGGCACUAA